AUGGAAGAUGAACAAAACAGUGAUAUUGAAGUGGUACUGAAAGACUCGGUUGGUAGUGAUAACGAUGAACUGUUAACAAAAUGUUUAUCUUUGCGACAUCAAGUAUUCAUUGAUGAACAAAAUAUCGAUGAAACAUUAGAAUAUGAUGGCUUUGAUGACAACCAGAGCAGCGUUCAUAUAUUGGCCACUAUUCAACGUAAUUAUUUUUCGCUCACAUCAAGUCACCGCGAGCUUGCGUCAUCAUCAACUGAUGAAUUAUAUUCUAUCGGAACAUGUCGUUUACGAAAAGCAGGUCCAUUCAUGAAGCUUGAACGGGUUGCAGUCUUAAAGGAUUGGAGACGUAAGGGUAUUGGAGAACAAAUUUGUAAUCAUGCGAUAAGAACUAGCGAGAGAAACUAUGAUCAGCUACUGCUAGUCACGCAAGCGCAGGCAACUUCAAUUGAUUUCUACGAAAAGCUUGGUUUUUUUGCCGUCUCAGAUGAUUAUUUAGAAGCUGGAAUUAUACAUCGGACAAUGAUUUAUUGGCCAAAACGAAGUGUCAAACUUGAAUUAGAAUCAUGGGAUGAUCGACAGUUAGUUCAAGAUGCGUUUGUUGAGGGCGAAUGCUUUGAUCCCAAUAUAAUCAGUGUCAUUAAAGAACGUGUCCGUCUCUAUCGGGAGCAGUGUUGUCCACGUUUACUACAUAUUCGUUUUGAAAUAAACGAAAGAGUUGUGGGCAAAUCGAUACUGAAAACGUACUGUGAAUGUGCACGAGCAACGCAACGGAAUGAAUUCGAAAGAAGUGAAACUCUCGAAAAAUAUCUGUUGAAUAUAGCAUGGGAAAAACUGAAUACCGGCCAUUAUUCGCAAGUGAAUGAUGCGUGGCGAGCGCUUUAUGCGGCAGUAUCGGCAUGUAAAGCUUACAGGCUUUUGACACAAAAUAAACCUUUGGAUGCGUUACGAGCGUGCGAUAUGGGGUUGAUAAUGGGCGGUGAUAUUGAUGGACGGGGUUUAUCCGCUUUCGCGACACACAUUCAUUCGCUAUGUCCUCCACCAGCACCACUCAACAUCAAUCGAUUUGUGUUUGACGAGCCAAAGCAGUUAAGUAACUCACAUUCCAUUCGAAGAGUUCACUGUCCAUCGUUGGAAGAAUUUUGUGAAUUUUUGAUGAGACAAGAGCCAGUCGUUAUCACUGGUAUUGUUUCUGAAUGGCCUGCGUUCUCCAAGUGGAGUUUCGAAUAUCUGAAUUCAAUAAUCGGUAAUCGCACUGUACCCAUUGAAAUUGGCAGUAGUUACGCAGAUGAGGGAUGGUCGCAGUCACUUAUGACAGUUAGCGAUUUUAUGCAUGAAUUUGUCGAGAACAAGAGUGGUCGAGGCGUUGGUUAUUUGGCACAACAUCGUUUGUUUGAUCAAAUACCCGAAUUGGUUGAUGAUGUAAUAAUACCUGAUUAUUGUGCGUUUGGUAGUGAUGAUUCGUUGGACGAUGUCGAUCUAAAUAUAUGGCUAGGGCCUGGUGCAACCGUAUCACCACUGCACACCGAUCCGAAGAGUAACAUCUUCUGUCAGGUUUAUGGGAAAAAGUUUUUGAGAGUAGUGCCGUAUGCGGAGACGCAGAAUGUCUAUCCAAAUGAGGAUGGCUUUUUGACAAAUACAAGUCAGGUCGACGUAGAGAAUCCGGAUUUAUCUAAGUAUCCACUGUUCAAAUCAGCUCAUGUUCUCGAAUGCACUCUCUCAGCCGGUGAAUGCUUGUUCAUUCCAACAGCUUACUGGCAUUAUGUGAAAUCGCUCGAACCCAGUAUUUCUGUCUCAUGUUGGUUUCGAGUGCAAUCCUCAUCCAGUGGCUAA